AUGGCAAUUGUGGUAAUAUGGGACCGGGAGUUUCUCGAUCGUGGUGUUGACUACGUGAAGAUUCAGACUCCUGGUCAAAUCGUUCCUCCACAGCAUCUGGUGGAAAGGUAUCUGAUUCAGAGGUUGGGGUACUCCUUUAACGAGGCUGUUGAAGCUGUAGGUAGAGCAAGAGGUCAUUUGAUAGAACGAUCUCCUUAUCUUGCAAGUCUUGAAGAAAUCAAAGAAUUACAGCCAAAGAGAUCUGAUAUCAUGAGGCCAAAUGGAUCAAAACCUAAGCCGGGAAAGAAAGAAGAAGUAGUGCCGAAGAAAGAUGAACCUCGGCGCAACAUGGGUAAGGAUGGUUUCAGAGGAGAUUAUCGCACUUCACCAGGAAGGGUACCGAUGGUACCUGGUAGACCUACUCACAGGGUUCGUUCUAGAACCCCACCGCUUCAGCAACACCCAAGAGGUCGCGAUUCUCCUGUUCCGAUGGGGGGCAGAACUUCGCCAAUCCAGGCUAUUAGAAGUAGACGAUCUCCGCCGCAUUAUGAUAGACCACUGACAGGCCCACCUAGGGUUUUGCAACAAUCUGUUAUGAGAGGAGAUCGUAUGAUUCCUUUAAUGCCUCAUGGUCGGACUCCGCCUCCUCAGCCACGUGGACGGACACCGCCUCACUCAUUCCGCACCCGAACACCUCCUCCUCCAUCCUUACAUCUACCACAUCAUUCCCCUUCAGGGCAUAUGCGCGGGCGGUCACCACCAUCGAUGAUGAGGAGCAGAACAUCACCAACCAUGAUCCGUAGAUCUCCUCCACGUCCUCAAGGUCGAGGUCGGUCUCCACCGCCGGAGUUGAUGAACCGUAGGCCUCCUCUCCCUUCGAGAGGGCGCUCACCACCAUCUCACAUGAGAGCUAGGUCACCCCCAAUCAUACGUGGUGGUUCACCUCCGGUACAUAUACGUAGCAGAUCUCCACCUGGAAGAGGAAUACGAAGAAGGACUCCUACCCAUUAUGGUCGUGUUCCAUCCCCUGGUCAUGAUCAUAUGCCCGUCUCAGUACCGCCUUAUCCUCCUGGCCAUGGCCAUAUAUCGCGGAGAGAACAAAUACCUCAUGGAAGUGGAAGAUCUCAGCCUCAAGGCCGGGGUCGUUCUUCGCCAAGAAGAGAGAGAACGCCUCCUCCUAUUCAGUCUUCUAGACGACCAUCUUCUCCUGAUUAUCGAAGAAACGAACCACCUCCGGAUCGUCAUUACUCUAGUAGGCCGGGUUACGAAGACGGAGGUAGAAGAGGACAUGAAGAAUCAACUCGUGAUUAUAGCGACAGAUUCCAUCCGAGCAACCAUUACAGUAAUGAAAGGAGUUAUGGCGCUUCUGGCGAGUAUUAUCCAGAACGAUAUGAAAAAAUACGGCGAGAAAGAAGUUUAUCACCUCGUCGUAACUUUACCAAUUAUCCUUACCAAAGAGAUGAAUUGCCGGUGAGGUCGGAAUAUUCCCCUCCGAGAGAAACAAAAAGGAGGCGGAAAACACCACCCGCAGCUGAAGUGAGAGAGAAAAUUAGAAGAUCCACUCCCCCAUCCGGCUAUAUGAACAGCAGAGAUGGCAGGGAAGGCUUUAAGAAAGAGAAAAGAGAAUACCCCUCAGCUCCAUGGGAUAUCAAAGAGAAAGAUCCUGACUGUCGCGAAAUUCUGAACGAAAAGAGGUCUAUGAGGGAUGUGUAUCCGGAUUCUAAUCAUGGGGCUUACACUGAUGCCCCUAAAUACGCUCCCAUAAAUGCAGAUCUUAGGGAAGCUCUUGAAGAAGAGAAAAGACGUAGGCAUGUGCACAGUGAUUCAGCUGGAUACCACGGUCCAGAUAUCCCUCUGGAAGACAGAAAUGUAAUGCAUCAAGGGUAUUCUUCUCAUGAAUACCCAUAUAGAUCGGAAAGUGAUAUGGGGAGAGGACGAUCUCGACAAGACUAUCCCGGGGGUUCCUCCAACCACGAGUCGGGUGUUCGGCCUGACGGCCAGAGGCACCACGGCUACCAGGACUCAGCUGAGUAUCCCGAACCGAAGCAUCAUCGCUCACAGGGAGAAUACGUCAAGUCGCGGGAUGAUGACUUCAGGAAGGCUAGAGGGCGGAGGACUAAGCGGGUGUUCGAUCGGCUGUCGAGGGGUGGCCGCGGGGGGAGGGGAGGUGGCUCCUGGACCUAAUGUUUGUUCAUUCAUAUCUAUGUACCAUAUCAGGGGGCUAUUUGUCUUGCAUUAUCUUUAUACAGUGUUUAUUUAAUUUUUAAUGUUCAUAUUUCUUUGUAGUUUAAUUCUUAUGAAAUAAAGUUUAUUCACAACUUUUUAUGACCUUGAAUAACUGUUUUUUUUUUUUUACGUCCUUUAUGUGUACCUUGUUAUUUGUGUAGUUAUCCAGAAGGAAGGUAGCACGAUAUACUACAAUUAUAUUUGCAUGAGUUACAGAUGUUCACAAGAAAGUUGUUAAAAAUUAGAAGAAGAAAUUGAAAAUGAAUAAACAGAAGGAAUAAAGUAAAUUUUGAGCUUCAGCUAUUUCUCUUUACGUAAUAAAUAGAAGAAAGCGGAAAGAAUGCUGCAACAGUGAUGAAAUAAAUAAAAUUUAAAUUUCAAAUAUUUCUAUUUGUGCUUCUUAAAAUCGAAAAUAUAAUUAUAUAUUAAAGAACAGUCAAGCCUACCUUAUAAUUCGUUUUUAAUUUGUUUUCUAUGUUCAGUGUAUAACAAAGGAAAUAAUUAUGUCUUCAUGCGUCAUUUCACCGACUUGAAUUUUUAAAAUCACCACAUUGUUCUUCGUGAAGUUAAUGGAAGAACAUUGGUCCAAGAACUGAACAAUCAAGUCCUAAUGAAAUCCUGCUCCUCAGACCUUUUAAAUAAAUUGAAUUUAAUUUUUUUUCAUUUCUAGGAGGAUGCUUGAUAUCUUUAACUGGAGGAUAAAUCCAGUGAAUGAAAUAUUGAAGUAUCAGAAAGUGCAUUUAUUUCUUACUGUAUAAACUUAUCAGCAAUGGUUAUAAUUGAGUUGUGGGUAAAAGUUGAUGUUUGGUAUUUGCUACGUAUUUUUUCUUUAUUUUUCAUAUAUCAAGAAAUGAAGUAUACUUCUAGUUCUUGAGAAAAACAUAAUACGACAAUGCUUGUAGCUUGAGUAAUUGUUCGUUGUUGUUUUAAAGACAAAGAUCAGAUGUGUUUAAAGUAGAUUUUAGAAUUUCGUACACUGAAUGCUAUUGCCAAUGGAUCAAGUUUUCAGCGUGACUUAUUUCAAGAAAACCUAUUAAGCAUAUUAAGGAGUUAUCAAAGUAAUAUAGUUUUAGCAACAAUAAGGGUAUCAUUGUUGGACAACGCAACUGAAAAAAAUCGUAUCGAAAAAUAACUUCAUCUCUGGGAGAGGAGGCAAUUCUCCCAUCUGAGGAAAUCAGCGCUACUUUAGAAGAAGGUAUUUUAGUUUAUUUUUAGUUCAACCAAAACUCAACCUAUGGGACGGGGUGGCCGACUGAGGUAAUGUGUGUGCACAGCACCCAGAUAACUGAAAUUGUGAUAGAUUACGAGUUCGCGUUGCAGUGCCAGAGGGGAUUUUAAAUUCCCCGCCCUCACCUCCCGGCCCGAGAAAACCCCGUAUAGCCUAAAAGGUGAAAUAGGGAAGAACAAAAAACACUUAGCUUAUAUUAUAAUUUUUAUAGAGAUAAUCUAUGUAGCACUUAGUACUUUUUGUUGGAUUAUAUUUAUUUUUAAGAACUAAGUAAUUAAUUGUCUUAAUUAAGUAUUUUUCAAUUAAUUUUUAAAUGUAAUGAAUAAAGUUUUAUCAUGUUUACUAUUACUGUUCAGUAAAAAAA